AUGGAUGGGCAGCAUUCGGAAAAGCAACGCAGCCAUGCCAUGGCUGAUAGGACGACGUCAGACGUGUCCCAGAGCCCCAGAAUCUCCUCCAUCUCGGAAUCCACGAGGGACCCGUCUUGCAGAAAGGCACCUCAGACCUCUGCCCACAGGGACAGACUGAUGCACCCCACCACCAUCCUCCUGUGCAAGUCGAAUAGCAGCCAGGCUGCCCUGGUGCCCCAGGAGCACAAGAUGUUCUUGGAGAAAGCCUACAAUGCAGCCAUCUGCUUCAAGAUGCUCCGAGACCUGAAUGGUUCGGACCCUGUCCGCCUGAAGCACAUUGUCAAGAAAAUCAAGAACAUGGCUCACAAGGCCCCCAACCUGGUGCUGGAAACCAUCCAUGACUACUUUGUAGACAACCCUGAGAUCUCUAACAGGCACAAGUUCCGGCUGUUCCACAUUCUGGAGACCGUCAUUGGAGCCAGUGACUCACUGGAGCAGACCUGGGAGAAAGCCUUCAUGAAACUGGCCCUGGAGAACAUGACCAAGUCCACGGAGCUGGAAGAGGCAUAUCAGGACGCGGCCAGCAACGUGCUGGUGGCCAUCUGCAGGCACUCAUGGCGGGCGGUGGCCCAGCACCUGGAGACCGAGGUCCUGACAGGUGUCUUCCCACACCGCAGCUUCCUCUAUGUGAUGGGCAUCUUGACCUCUAAACAGGAGCUCUUCAGCCAGCAGGAGAAGGUGUGCUGGGAAGAGCAGCUGACCAAGAUAGCCGUCAAGUCUGUCCAUUUCCUGCACAUGGACGGGUGGUCCAAGGAGCUGCUGUGGGCACUCACCAAGCCUGACCUUAUAUACCAGGAGCAGCCCCCAGAGAAGGCCUUCCUGUUCGUCUUCUAUGGGCUGAUCCUUCAAGCUGAGGAGAGCAGCACCACGGUCAGGACACACCUGCGAACCCUCCUGGAGACAUCCCACCAGUGGCCUAAGCAGAGGGAGGGCAUCUCUCUCACAGUGGGGCUGACUGCAGUCCGCCACCUGGACCAUGUGUGGGCUGUCCUGGAGCAGUUUGGCAGGAGCACACCCAUCAAGUGCAGCCUCCACAGCUUCUCCCCAAAGACUUCAGAGGACCUGCGGUGGAGGUGGGCCAGCAGCACGAUCCUCCUGGCCUACGGUCAGAUGGCAGUCAAGGCCAAGGCCCACAUCCUGCCAUGGGUGGACAACAUCUUGUCACGGAUGAUCUUCUUCUUCCGCUACAGCUCCUGGGAUGAGACCCUGAAGCAGAGCUUCCUCACUGCCAUCCUCAUGCUGGUAGGGGCCAUCAGCCGCAACAGGGGCGCCCAAAGCUACGAGUUCUCCCAGAUCCCAGAGCUUUCAGAAUGCCUGAUGGUUUUGAUGGAGAAGGAGCCCAAGGACUCACUGUGUACAUUGACUCGCCAGCAGACCAUCCAUGUCAUCUCCAGCCUCUGUAAGCUGAGGCCGCCCUUGGACACAGAGAAGAAAUCGCGGCUCCUAUCUGUCUGCCUCCGCAGCGUGCUGGCCCUGCCGCUGCUGGACGUCCUGGAGAAACACACCUGCCUCUUUCUGGAGCCACCCAACAUACAGGUAUGGCCAAAAGCACUAAGCCCCACACAGGCCUCCACCUUCCAUCCACCCACCCGGGCUCGGUGGCCACCUGACUGGUGUAUCGUCCCCACACAGACCCUCUACAACCAGACCUCAGAGGCGCUGGACCAGAUGCUGCAGACCUUCAUCACCCAGAACCCUACAGCGGCAGAGCUGCACUUCGUGCUGUCGCACCUGUACGUCUGGCUGGCGUCGGAGAAGGCGCACGAGCGGCGGCGCGCGGUGAGCAGCUGCAUGGGGCUCCUCAGGUUCCUGAGCGACAACCUCUACCUGGACCCAAAAGAGGACUUCAAACGGAUUGGACAGCUGAUGGGCAUGCUGGGGAUUCUGUGCCAGGACCCAGACAGGGCCACCCAGCACUCCAGCCAGGAAGGGUUGGGCCAUCUCUACCAGCUCCUGAUGCGCCAGAGAGCAGAGGCUUCGCAGGUGAAAGAGCUGGUCCCCAAGCAACUUUCCCAAGCCAGCAAGGAUGGCACCCUGCUCUGGAGCAGCGGAGACCAGAAGGCCACUCCCCCUGCCCCCCAGGAGGCUGUGUUCCCAAAGGACCAAAUCUUCCAGCUGGGCAGCCACCAAGUCAUCAAGGAGGUCACAAAGCAUCUCACAUUGGUGGAGCUGACCGACCUCAUCUGGACGGCUGUCGAAGGCCUGGGCUCCACCAGCCCCUUCCGCGUGCAGGCGGCCGCCAACAUGCUGCUCACUGCGGUCCAGGAGCACGGGGCCAAGCUGGAGACCGUUGCCAACCUGGGCCGGGCCAUCCACCUGCAGCUCCGCUCUGUCCGCAUCCCCCAAGCCCAGGAAGAUGCCCUGCAUGUCAUCACCCUGCUAGCCCGGAACCACACCCCCGAGCUGGUGGCUGCCUUCCUGGACUUCUCCAUACCCCUGGACAGCCACGCCUUCCAGUUGUGGAGGGCACUGGGGGCUGAGCAGCGUGGGAGCCGCCUGGUGCUGGCCACGCUGCUUGCAUGGCUGCAGGAGAGGCCCCUGCCCCUCGGUACCAGCAGCAGCGGCCCCCAACCCAAGGAGAAGACCUACCUGCGUUCACUGGCCGCCACGAACACGCUCCAUAAGCUGCAGUCCGCCCGAGAGUUCAAGAAGCCGGUGCAGGAGGCCUACCCGCAGCUCCUUCUGGCCCUCCUCACCCAGAUCCACUACAUCUUGGAGCUGCGCCUGCCCGAGGAGCCCCAGCCCGAACAGAUUGCCCAGGAGGCGGCCGCGCCCAGCCCCCAGAGCUGCAGCAUGUCACUGGAGGCACUGAGGAGCUUGCUGUCUUCCACGGGGCACUAUCAGGACUUUGCCCACCUGGAGCUGCAGGGCGCCUGGGACCUCUUCACCACCAUGGACACCUACCCACAGGGUGUGGGCCUCCUGGCCAGGGCCAUGGUGCAGAGCCCCUGUAGGCAGAUCAAGGCAGUGACCCGCCAGCUGCUGCCCAGCCUGCAGAGCCAGGAGGAACGGGAGAGGAAGGUGGCCAUCCUUAUCUUCAAUGAGUUCCUCUACAGCCCCACCCUGCUGGAAGUGCUCUCGGAACAGGAGGCCCUGAUCAUGCUGGCCCAGAGCAUCAGGGACCCCAGCCCCGAGGUCCGGGUGCUGAGCCUGCAGGGCCUCGGGAACAUCCUCUUCCAGCCCGAGAAGGGAAGCCUGCUACGUGAACAGCUGCUGCCCUUCCUCAACGGCUUCUUCCAAAAUAGCGAGCCUGUGGUGGUACGUGUCAUGGGCACAGUGUCCAACGUGCUGCACUGCCUGGGAGCAUACGGCCCGGGGGCCCAGAGCCUUACUGUUGCAGUCAACACCCGCUCCUUCUUUGAUGACGAGCGGGAUGGGAUCCGAGCGGCGGCCAUGGCACUGUUUGGGGACCUGGUGGCAGCAAUGACAGGCAGGGAGCCCAGUAGCCUGCGAACCCAGGUACACCAAAGCAUGGUGCCCCUGCUCCUGCACCUGAAGGACCGCUGUCCGGCUGUCGUCACGCAGGCCAAGUUCGCCUUCUACCGCUGCUCGGUGCUGCUCCAGUGGCAUCUUCCACACACCCUCUUCUGCACACUGGCCUGGGAGAGGGGCCUCAGUGCCCGCCACUUCCUCUGGUCCUGCCUGAUGACCCAGAGCCAGGAGGAGUUCAGCAUCCACCUGUCACAGGCCCUCAGCUACCUGCACAGCCAUCAUCACCACAUCAGGACCUGGGCAGCACUCUUCAUUGGUUAUACCAUCUGCUACCACCCCCAGGCUGUGUCUCAGGUGGUGAAUGGUGCAGAUGUGAAGCUGCUGUUCUGCACUUUUGAAAACUUCAAGAAGGACCUGGAGCCGGGCAUCCGGGAAUUCGCCACCAGGCAGCUCAGCUUCCUCGGAGAGUUAGCAGCCAGACAGAAGUGA